GCGGGGGGCGGCGGGCCCGAGCGCCGGGAGUCUGGGGAGGGGGAAGCGCCGACGGCCGCCUCCGCCACUGCAGCUGCAGCCCCCGAUGUCGCCACAGUAAUCGCCGCCGCGGCAGCACCCGCACCCUUGCCGGCCGCAGCAUCAGCACCGCAGAGCCGAGCCCGGAGCCCGCCGCCCCGUAGGAUGGCUGUAGCUCCUCCAAGUUACUGUUUCGUGGCCUUCCCGCCACGUGCGAAGGACGGUCAGGUGGUAUUUGGGAAGAAUUCAGCUCGGCCCCGGGAUGAAGUACAGGAGGUUGUGUAUUUCUCAGCUGCUGAUCACGACCCUGAGAGCAAGGUGGAGUGCACUUACAUUUCAGUCGACCAAGUUCCCAGGACCCAUGCCAUUGUGAUCAGCAGACCUGCCUGGCUUUGGGGGGCAGAAAUGGGAGCCAAUGAACACGGAGUGUGCAUCGCCAACGAAGCCAUCAAUGCCAGAGAGCCAGCCAGUGAGACGGAAGCCUUACUGGGGAUGGAUCUGGUCAGGCUUGGUUUAGAGAGAGGGACGACAGCUAAAGAAGCCUUAGAUGUCAUCGUCGCCUUGUUGGAAGAACACGGACAAGGUGGGAAUUAUUAUGAAGAUGCAAAUUCCUGCCACAGCUUCCAAAGUGCAUUUCUGAUUGUGGAUUGUGAGGAGGCCUGGGUGCUUGAGACCGUGGGGAAGUACUGGGCUGCAGAGAAAAUGACAGAGGGAGUAAAGUGCAUUUGCAAUCAGCUUUCUCUCACAACUAAGAUCGACGCAGAGCAUCCUGAACUCAGGAGUUACGCGCAGAGUCAAGGUUGGUGGACCGGAGAGGACGAGUUCAAUUUUUCUGAAGUUUUUUCUCCAGCUGAUGACCAUCUAGCCUGCUGUUCAGGCAAAGACAGCUUAGAAAAGCAAGAAGAAAGCAUCACUGUGCAGACUAUGAUUGACAUCUUGCGGGACAAAGCCAGCGGGGUCUGUGUUGACUCCGAGUCUUUCCUGACCACGGCCAGCAUAGUGUCUGUCCUGCCUCAGAACAGAAGCUCGCCAUGCAUUCACUACUUUACAGGGACCCCAGAUCCUUCCAGGUCCAUAUUCAAGCCUUUCAUCUUUGUCGAAGAUGUAAAACUUGUCCCCAAAGCACAGUCUCCCUGUUUCGGGGACGAUGACCCUGCCAAAAAGGAGCCUCGGUUCCAGGAGAAGCCAGACCGCCGGCACGAGCUGUACAAGGCCCACGAGUGGGCGCGCGCCGUCCUGGAGAGCGACGAGGAGCAAGGCCAGAAGCUGAGGAAGACGAUGCUGGAACUGGAGAAGCAAGGCCUGGAAGCCAUGGAAGAAAUCCUGACCAGCUCCGAACCCCUGGACCCCACUGAAGUGGGGGAUCUCUUCUAUGACUGUGUUGACACGGAGAUUAAGUUCUUUAAGUGAAGUAAGCGUUCCCCUUCCCCUUCUUAUUUAAAACUUCCCACCUUACUAAAUUACCAGCAAAACAAACCACUCUCCUGUCAGAGUGAAAUGAGAACGUUCAGAUGUGUUAAAGUCGCACUGUUAACUUGUGUUCUGCCCUGAAUCUCGAAGCGCCCCCUUCUUCUGCAGUGUAACGUGUAUCCCGCUUGCCUGUUGUUUGACUGUAUGACUCAUUGUGGAUUUUAAGCUGCUAUUAUUGUAUUUCAGUGACAAUGGACACAUUAGCCUUUUCACAGGAGGACUUAAGUCCAUCAAACCUUGAAAGUCAGGCUCCACUGUGCCAGGUUUGCGGGAAAAGCAAAAUCUUUUGAAGUCCUACUCCUCUCAGUAGAGGUUUCUUUCAGAUUAACAAGAGGCAUUUCUUGGUCUGGCCCAGGGCUCUUGUGUGUGUGCGGGAAGGAGGCUCCCUGGCCUCCCUCACUUUGAGUGCAGGCCUCCGAGGCAGAUUGUCUCCAGCUGUGUCUUUCGAGAGAUGGAACAAGUGGGAAGGGAUUGGGGUUGCUCAGCUCCAGCCCCGGCUCCAUCCCGGUUCCCGGGAUCCGAAGGAACCUGGCCUCUGUGGGCAGUGCUGGUGUGCGGCAGCCCCACGCUGCUUCCUCGUGUGGGAGAGCUGGUCACCUGUGUCACGGGACCCUGCCUGCUUUACAGAUCCAGAGGCAGCCGUGCUGGCACUGUCCCUAAAUCACGCGUGCAUCUCCAAGGAGGCACUAGCUGUCCCUGCACAAUGGCUUCCCCGCCACACGGGUGCGGCUGUGUACCAGUGAUGCUGGGGCUGGUGACUGCCAUCUAGUUAGGAUUCAUUACAUGGCCCUAUGGCAGAGUUCCACCCCACAAAGCUGCGAGUUUCUUAGCUAAUGAAGGAAAGAAAAGGAGAAGCUCUCAACUGUUUAGAUUCCAGUUAAGUAGCUGGAAUCUGAGCAGCCACUCCAUUAUCUCAGCAGAGACUUUAAUUAAACUGAUUUGUUUCCCACGUCGGGUGUGCACGGAGGAUUUGACUUACCAGCAGAGCCCAGAAAGGCAUGCAGGGAAGACCAGAUGGGCUCAGCCUGGGGAAGACAGAGGGCAGGAAGGGGACAGAUGGAUGGGGAAGCAUUUCUCCCCGGGGUGACUGUCCCUCCCCCGCCCUCCCUGCCCAGCCUGUGGAGGAAGCAGCUGGCUUUUGCUGGUCCCUCUCUUUAUUCCUCAUGCCCCAAUUUCCUAGUAUCUGAAGUGGGCAGGUGGCGGUGGUGUUGAGGCUUAUCUCCAGCUAUCGAAACUCUCAACGGCUCUGGACGUGGAAAGGGACAGAGAUGAUGAAUAGAAGUGUGUGUUAACACACCAGCUACUGGGAGGACAGGGGUUUAGUUACUCUGGCCUCACCUGUACCAUCUGGGCCUGCUCCUCUUCAUCACUGGUAGGCAUUUGCAAAUGGAAAUACUAUGAGUGUCCGUGAUCUUGGAAGUGACUUAGUGACUCCUCAGCUGCAGUGGAUCGUCAGCCGUGAGAGCUGAAAGGGCCUUGGGCCCCAUACACAGAUGCAGACACGGGCGGGGAGCGGGGUCACAGGUUUUAUUAGAACAGAUCUUUUUUCCCACCAACUUGCCUGUAAAGGUGUCAGCAUCAGAGCACCGUGAGUUUUUGCCCAGCAGUUCUGCACAUUCUGUAUGUAAAACCACUCACUACAGGCGGCGAGAGAUGGGAGGACCAUUGGAGCUGACAGUUACCGGCAGCAGCCACGCACUGGGCUUGCGCUUGCCGAGUACUGUUGGGCUUUGGCCUGGGCUCUCACUGUGGCUGAGUUUAGGGUCCCCUCUUAGGUGGUGUGGCCAUCCUGAGAGCGUCUUUCUGCAGCUGCUGGGCAGGAAGGGUGAGGCUUGAGAAUGACGUAGGUUCCUCAUUCCCUUCGAAGCCUGCCUGCUGAGGGGUUAUUUAAAACGAGAUGAUGCAGAAAGCCACUCUAAAAUUUCACCAUGUGGUCUCACCCCCACCUAUUAACCUAUUGUGGAAACGUUUCAUCAGACCUGGCAUGUCUGAGAUACCCAAGGUGAUUAGGGGUUUGAGCAGAAGGACUAGUGAAGUAGAUUACAUAGAGGCCUGCUUUCAUUAUUAUGGGCCGAAGAAAGGUCAUGGAUAACCCAGCCAGCCUUACGCCAUUACCCAGCCACCUUGCGGUGGGAAACAUAAUGGCUA